AUGGGCAGCACUAGUCGAGUAUCCAGAAACUUCGAUGCUCUUAGAAUACACCACUUUCAAUUUUUUGCCAUGGUAGUUGUGAUAUGCAUGGCAAGCUUCCUUCUCUACCCCUCGCGGAGACGGACCGAGUCACCAAGUAUACUUAACGCUAUGAUGCAUCUGGGCAGUUUUGGCGCCAACUUCGGAGCUCAGCUUUGGGUGACCUUGAUAGCAGGCCUGACCAUGUUCUACAGCCUGCCCAGACAUAUGUUUGGCAAAGUCCAGUCCCGGCUGUUCCCCAUGUUCUUUUUGUGGAGUUUAGUCUGUUCGGCCAUCACCUUGUCCACGUUCCUCAUCCAGCACCCGCUGGACACCUGGGAUAGGGCGCAUUACAUUCAGGGAGUUUCUCUAAGCGUCUGCUUUUUAACCGCAGCCUUAAACUCUCUAGUGGUCUCGCCUCUGAUUGUCAGCGCCAUGUUGAAAACAUUUUCCAUGGAGGUUGAAGCAGGUGUCCGCGACGUCAUUGGCUAUGCCGACAUGAAGGAGCUCAAGCAGAACCCACAAUACUUCCAGUCUUACAGGAUGUUCCGGCGUUGCCAUGGAGCCAGCGCCAUGCUGGUUGUGUCUUCGCUUAUAGCUAAUAUCGUAUUUUUAUAUUUCCUUACUUCACUUUGCAUGCCUUUAUGA